GUGCGGCCUGCGCUAUUUUAGGGCCGCGUUUCUUAGUAAGAGUGACGCAUUUUCCAGCUCCAGGAAGCUGAGGCGGAGGAGGGUGGAGGAAAAGAAAGAAAGGAGGCCAAGAAAGAAACGCGAGGCUGCUCGAAGCUCCAGGGGAGAUUCCUGAUUGCUCUCGCCAAGCGCUCUCCUCCCUUCCCCCGGCUCCUCCCCAGGAAAGUCCGGCUCCACUUUCGCAGGGGAAGGGGUGGGGGAGGGAGGGAGCGAGCGCCGGGUUGGGCUGAGUUGAGAGAGGGCGGCCUGCUAUUAUUAGGAAAGAGGCGCCCGCAGUAAACGUGGCUGCUAAGCGGCUUCAGCUCAGGAAAGGAGGGAGGGACGGACAGGCUGGGACGCUUCGCUCAUAGACUUAUAUGGUUUGGCCCCCAUACGCUGCUCUCCGGCCGGCUGGGCUUUUCCUGAAGGCAUCUCGACCGGUCAGCAAUGUCUCUGGAGGACCCGUUCUUCGUGGUGAAAGGGGAAGUUCAGAAAGCCGUAAAUGCAGCACGUGGGCUCUAUCAGCGCUGGUGUCAGCUGCUGCAGGAGACGCAGGUCAUCAGCAAAGAGGAAUUUGACUGGACUACUAAUGAACUACGCAACAGCUUGCGCAGCAUCGACUGGGACCUGGAGGACCUGGAGGAAACCAUAUGCAUUGUGGAGUCAAACCCACGCAAGUUCAAAAUUGAGCCCUCUGAGGUUGCCACCCGGCGCACUUUUGUCACAGAGAUGCGGGAAUCAGUCAGGGAAAUGCGAGAUCACAUAUCCAGUCCAGCAGCACAGGCCUUUGCAGAGAGGAAAAACAGAGAGUUGCUGGUGGGGAGCAGGGAACACUAUGGGAUGCUGGAUGCAGAGGAACUAUCAACAGCUAAUUCACAUACUCUGGAAGAGCAGCAGUUGCAUCAGAAGCUGAUCAUUGAGGAGCAGGAUGAGCAGCUGGAGCUCGUCUCUGGCAGCAUCCGAGUGUUGAAGCACAUGUCGAGUCGGGUCGGAGAAGAGCUGGAUGAGCAGACUGUGAUGCUGGAAGACUUUGCCCACGAGAUGGACAGCACUCACAGCCGCAUGGAUGGCGUGCUCAAAAAAAUGACCAGAGUCUCCCAUAUGGCAAGUGAACGGCGUCAGUGGUGCAUCAUCGGCCUGUUGCUCAUUGUCAUGGUGGUAGUGCUGGUUCUUAUCUUUGCUCUGUGAUCAAACGGCAGAACGGACAUGGGGGAAGGGUGGCAUGGAACCAAUCCCAUACCUGUUGAGUGGAACACCGGGGCCUUGUAUCCUGUGUGGGAUCAGUGCGAAGCUUUCUCCAAAGGUGAAAAGGAAGCAAGUCCAUUUAAUCAGGUGGAAUGAUGGAUUUCCAAAUGGGCUGCUCUCCCUUGCAGUCAGACUUUGCUCCUAAUUGUUUAAGGCUGCAGUUUUGUGAAAAAGGAGGACUGGGUUCUGGAGGUUAGGAAAUUUGUGCCAUGUCCCCCUUUUGUGUGCGCCAAGGUGAAAUUAUAGACAGACAGAUGUGCCUGUUAAAUGUGGAAGCCAUAUUGCAUAUGCGGUUUGUUACCCAUUUUGCAAGUAGAUGCAGCAGCGUCAGUUUCCUUCCCCCCACUGAGUAGCCUUUUCCUCUCAUCUCCAGCAGCCAAAGAGGAAGAACACAGUCCCAGCUGACUAUUCUUGCUGCCAUUAUAGGUUCUUAUUCUUCAUGCCACCUCUGAACGGGCGCAAGAUUGCUGCACAUUUAAUGUGCCUGCUGAAGAAGCACAAUUGACUAAGCCAUCGGUUGUGUUUUACCUCAGCUAGUAGCAGAUGGAUACUGUGAAUAGACGGGGUAGGACAAAGGCCUUGCUUCCUUUUUAAAGGGCAAAAUUGCUCAGAGUUGAGAACAGGCCAAAGCCAUCUCACUGCAUUAAGUGCCAAGAACGGGAUUUUGCUUUGUGGAACUGGCAACAUCACCCCAAAGCUCCUUCUCUUACCGUGAGGCCAGCCGUCCAACAGAAACAGGGAGCAAAAUGUCAGAAUCUCAUCACCCAAAUCCCUCAGGCCUCAGUGCUGUGCUUCAGGUUGCAAGUGGUGCCAAUACUUCUGGGGUGCUGCCAAGCACUUCAAGAAAACUGGUUUCCAGACACCCAGUCAGCUCAAUCCCUUUCAGUUAUAUGGUAAACAAACCUUCUCCCCUUAGGUCUAAAUCCCUGCCAAGGACACACUAUGCUGAUAUAAAGAGGCUAC